AGUGUCAAGUUGGUCCCGAGCGCCAGGAGCCCCAGCCAGAGCCUGCACCUACACAGCCCCGGUCCCAUGGCCGAGUCUCCCCGCCGCGCCGCGGGCCGGCGACUGCAACUGCCCCUGCUCUGCCUCCUCUUCCAGGGUAUCACCGCCAUCCUCUUUGCCAUCUUUGUCCGCUACAACCACGAAACCGACGCUGCCGCCUGGCACCUGGGCAACCACAGUAACUCGGACAAUGAGUUUUACUUUCGCUACCCAAGUUUCCAGGAUGUGCAUGUCAUGAUCUUCGUGGGCUUCGGCUUCCUCAUGGUCUUCCUGCAGCGCUAUGGCUUCAGCAGCGUGGGAUUCACCUUCCUCCUGGCCGCCUUUGCCCUGCAGUGGUCCACACUGGUGCAGGGGUUCUUCCACUCCUUCCACCAUGGUCACAUCUAUGUGGGUGUGGAGAGCAUGAUCAACGCUGACUUCUGUGCCGGGGCGGUGCUCAUCUCCUUCGGAGCAGUUCUGGGCAAGACUGGGCCUGUCCAGCUGCUGCUCAUGGCCCUGCUGGAGGUGGUGAUGUUUGGCGUCAAUGAGUUUGUGCUCCUCAGCCUCCUGGGGGUAAGAGAUGCUGGAGGCUCCAUGACCAUCCACACAUUUGGUGCCUACUUCGGGCUGGUCUUUUCACGGGUCCUUUACAGGCCCCAACUAGAGAAGAGCAAGCAUCGCCAGGGCUCUGUUUACCAUUCGGACCUCUUUGCCAUGAUUGGGACUAUCUUCCUAUGGAUCUUCUGGCCUAGCUUCAACUCUGCACCCACAUCACUGGGGGAUGUGCAGCAUCGGACAGCCCUCAACACAUACUACUCCCUGACAGCAAGCACUCUCAGCACCUUUGCCCUUUCAGCCCUUGUCAGCGGUGAUGGGCGACUUGACAUGGUCCACAUCCAAAAUGCAGCACUGGCUGGAGGGGUUGUGGUGGGGACAUCUGGGGAAAUGAUGCUGACACCUUUUGGGGCUCUUACUGCUGGCUUCUUGGCUGGAACUAUCUCCACACUGGGGUACAAGUUCUUAACGCCCAUCCUAGAGUCAAAAUUCAAAGUUGAAGACACUUGUGGCGUCCACAACCUCCACGGUAUGCCAGGGGUCUUGGGAGCAUUUCUGGGAGUCCUUGUGGCUGGACUGGCCACCCAUGAAGCUUAUGGAGAUGGCCUGGAGAAUGUGUUUCCACUCAUAGCUAAGGGCCAGCGCAGUGCCAAAUCUCAAGCCGUGUACCAGCUUUUUGGGCUGUCUGUCACAUUGGUGUUUGCCUUUGUGGGCGGAAGUCUUGGAGGGUUCCUGCUGAGGUUUCCAUAUCUGGACUCCCCAUCAGAUUCUCAGUGCUAUGAGGACCAGAUUUACUGGGAGGUGCCUGGACAGCAUGAGCCAGAAGCUCAGACACCAUUGAACAUGGAAGAAUCAGACACUCGGGCCUGACUGCUGCCAGUUCUGGUGUUUUAUCCCUUUAGAAGAUGAGGAUGGCUCCUACUGGGAAAUCCUUUUCAGCUCCUGCUGCGGAGAAGUCCUGAGCCAAAAAGAUCUUCCUGCCUUUAGGCUGACUCCAUAAGGGACAGGUUGAAAGGGCAGGUCUAUAAUCGUGGGGACAGAGGGAGAGUCUCAUAUCUGCCAAUCCCCGCAGCCCUACCAGCCUGGGCCUUGGCUAAAAGUGGCUGAAUGAGGUCUCAAAUGAUUCUGAUCUACUGGGCCAGUGUCACAGAGUUACAGUGAAGCUGGAGGCAGAGGAUGAUAAACACUAUGAUCAAGGA